AUGGUGGAGUUUGACAGAGCCGCCAAAACGGCGUCGUCGCCCUACGAGAAGUGGGAGGAAGUUUACGUUUCAAAUGAUAAAGGGAACAGAGAAGUGCACUAUUAUUUGAAGAGAAGAAAUGGGGGUGGUUUAGAUCUGGCCUUGAUUGGCAAAGAAAAAACUCUGCGGCAUAUGUCUUAUCGUUACGCCUUUCAGGAUAAAGAACGGUUCUUGCAGUUUAGUGUUUCGUCCCUUCCGAAGCUCAGGUCCAGGAGAGAAGUCAUUGAUUGGUUGAAUUCAAUUGUUAACGCAGGAUUCAAGGCACGUGAGUCAUACAAACCUGCAUUUAAUUUCUCGGACAACAUUAACGGAAUCAUUGAGGAUUCAAAUGUAGUUAAGAAGCUGGAUCAAUCAACAAAAAGAUUUAUGUGGUUGGGUUCACCCUGGAUCUGCAGGAAAAGGCGUUGUCAUUACCAAUCAUUUUGUCGCAAUGGGGUCACAGUAGCAGUUCAUGAUUUUGUCUAUGUGUUGGCUGAAGAAGGUGAGCGGCUUGUUGCGCAUUUAGAUGAUAUGUACGAGGACUCCAAGGGCAACAGAAUGGUGGUGGUACAAUGGUUUCACAAAGUUGAAGAGGUUGGUAUUGAUUUGCCUCAAAACUGUCGUGACAGAGAGAUUUUCUUUUCUCUCUGUCUUCAAGAUCUCAGUAUUGAAUGCAUUGAUGGACUGGCAACUGUGCUCAGUCCUGAGCAUUUUGAGAAAUAUUUGAGUGAGGCAAAACGUACUCAGUUGGAACCAUUUGUGUGCCACACGCUGUUUGACAAUGACGAAAUCAAGAGAUUUGACAUUACCAGAGUCGAAGGUUACUGGAAACAAAAUUUACUGAAAUGCUUGUCAUUUGACUCCCAUUGUAAAUAUCAGCCAGCGAGUGAUGGUCAAAUCCGGGAAAGAAAUCCUAGUGAUGCUGGGAACAGGCCCUUGAAGAGGCUUCGAAGGUGCGAAGAGUCUGAUACUGGCACACAAUCACCUAGAGGAUUGGUGGAUGUUGAUGAUAAGUCACAGCAAUGCUCGGGUAACUUGAGUUCAAAUUCCAAAGUCCUAACGGGUGUGAAUGGUUUGGAAAAAGUUCCAGCCUCCUUGCCAGUGAAAAUUUCAUUGGAACAAAAGAAUGGACACCUGAGCAUUGGUUCUCAAGUUGAAGUGCUCUCUCAGGAUAGCGGGAUCAGAGGCUGCUGGUUUAGAGCUUUGAUCAUGAAAAGACACAAAGAAAAGGUGAAAGUUAAGUAUCAGGAUAUCUUGGAUGCUACGGACGAAGCUAAGAAUCUGGAGGAAUGGAUUUUGGCUUCCAGGUUGGCUGCACUUGAUGUACAAGGUGUUAGAAUCUAUGGGAGGACUGUAGUUAGACCUGCACCAUCCUCUAAUAAGCGCAAAGUUUCGUGGGAAUUCAAUGUCGGGACUGCGGUAGAUGUGUGGCGACAUGGUGGAUGGUGGGAAGGCAUUGUAGUUAAGAAAGAGGACGAAGAUAAGUUCUGCGUAUAUUUUCCGGGUGAAUGUCAAGAAUCGAUCUUUGCUCGUAAUGAUAUGAGACAUUCCCAGGAGUGGAUAGAAAAUGGUUGGAAGCAAUUAAAAGAAAGGUCAGAUCUUGUGUCGGAACAUACAAGAAAGCCAGAAGUGGUCGACUGUUCUGAAGGUAAACCUGAAAGAGAAGCAGCCGUUUUGUACCCUGAUACUUUUGACAAUGAAGUGGAUCAGGGGGAUAAGCUUGAUGAAAUGUCCAGAGUUCGGGAUCUGUCAAAAGAUGAUGCGCUCUCACAAUUGAAGUGGAAAUCAUUGGGGAGGCGAAGACGAAGUAGUAGAAGCCCUGUGCAUAAGUCACAUUUUUCUGCUGAUGAUGAAAACCGAGUUGAAGAUUCGCGAAAGCAGACGUAUCAGAGAUUUUUCAAGAUUGCAUCGUCCAUGAAGGUUGAUCCUGACAAAUGCAAAUAUAUGGGUGAUUCUCCCUUUGGUUCAGUCGUGCCUCACUUAACAAACUUAGUUAUGACAAGGUGA